AUGAGGGUCGAGGUUAUCUUACAGAUCGUUGCUGGGCUUCUGCCCGUUCUCAUGCACUUGCUUCUGUCCCUUUCGCUGGACGGCAACCAGCUUACCGGCAGCCAGGCUGCAGCUGUUACUGCUGCUGCUAAUGCCAUGGGUAGGAUAGCCGAGAUAGUGGAUGUGCACCCACACUCCUUCCGUAUGUACCCAUCGCCAUGGUGGGUAGAGCCCCACCCAACCGACUUAUACUGCCAGUUUGUCCUGGAGCACUGGAACGAGGAGACCUUUCGUGCCAACUUUUGUAUGGAGCGCUCUUCAUUCCAGGAUCUGUGCGAGGCCCUGCGGCCGCAGUUAGCCCGCCAAGACACUCGCAUGCGCCAGGCCACCCCCGUGGAGCAGCAGGUCGUGAUGGCUAUGUUCCACCUGGCGCAAGGCAGAAACUACCGUGUUGUGGAGAACUGCUUCGCUGUUGCCCGCCCUUAUAGUCUCGUGCUAACAAGCUAA